AUGUCCAUCGCUAAUAGCUACUCCAGCAGUCAAUACUCGAAUAGAAGUGCCCCCAGCGGUUUGUGGAGAAAAGCGAUGUCAUUGGUCUCCAGAAGGCGGGGAAGAUCCAGCGUCAGCAGCCAAGAGGCAGAGUACUCAGCCAGCGAUCUGUCGAUAGAACAGUGCGAUGAUGGAUGGCAAUCCGAAGACACCGCUGGAUCUCGGCAUUCAAGUCUCGACCCUGACUACACUCUUGAGCGGUCGAGCCCACCAUACUACGCCCACGUAGACCCUCCUGGAUGCUCUAAUCAAGCCAAAGCGAUUUGGGGUUUGUUCAACAUGUUUCCUGGCUACACUCUUGAACAUAUCCACCAACGGCAACUUUGCCUUUCCCUUCGGUGGUCCGACCGAUCGUCGACCGGUCCUUACGUAUCGGUAUACAUUGAUGGUCAACACCAAGACGACUUCACAAGGGACGAGACCGAAUGGGACGGAUGGAUGCAGAUACUGAACGAGAUCGAGCCGGGCAAGGCGCUCGGAAUCCUCUACCACGGCAAUGAUUAUCUUAUAUACGAUAUCCACCUGGACCCUCAAGAUCGAACUUCCACAAGCCACGAUCGAGAGCUGAUAUUCACGCUCAAGGCACUAAAUCGAGGGGAUUUAUCACGACAUUGGCAUGACGAACAGGCCAUUCGUUCCAGGUUUGUGCUUCCAAGAGGAACGACCAGAUGUGGGCGAUCCGCAGAAUUUGUCAGGCCAAACAACGUUCACGUCACGCGCCACGAAACGAUCCGCGAUGGCGAUCGGCUGAAACGCGAAGCCACAUGCGCGUCGCCCUUUGACAGCCGCCAGGAAUUCGUUGCAUUGAGGCGUUAUCAUGGUCGCAUGAAACGCGAGACCGAACCUUCUAUCACGCCACGCGCGGAUCGUUUCCACGCGAGCACCCUUUCUUCCCGUGUUACUCCGUCCUGUGCGCAGGCCUGCAGGCCCCUUUCUGGUUUCAGGCAGGCUGAUCGCUUAUUCUGGCAGAGAAAAGACGAGGGUGAUGGACGGCAUACCACGAGGAGACACAAUUCUUCUGCUCCUCUCACGCUCCUCGGCGACAAGAAGGAUGGCGCCGAUCAACAUGUGAAACGUCGGCCAGCAAUGGGCUCGGCCCCCGUCAAAGCUUGCUCAGCACAUCAUAACCUUAACACCUACGCUCGUUACAUACAGCCCGUCGCUCGCUACCUCCCACUCGCCUAA